GCUGGUUGCUAACAAACGAAACAGCUGACGGUUCGCCACCCCUCGCCUCCCCCCAUCAACGAACUCGCCCGAUCAGCUGAGAUCAACGCUUGUCGCUGUCAAUUGUGUUUUGUUUUCCGUGGCUUCGCUGACAGUGCGUCCGGCAAUAGAAUAGUACACACUCGACAACCUGUGCUUUUGUAAAGUUCUUUGCGUGUCUGCUAAAACACAAUGUUCCAAAAUUUCGCCAACUAUCUGCUGGGCUCAGUUACAAAUCAAGAACAAGACAGAGCAACGGCAGAGGGGGUCGAAGCCAUACACAACAGCAACGCCGCUAACAGUAGGUUGAGGUCGGCCGAGUCGGAAGACGACUGGGUAUUGGUCGACAGGGACAGCGAGGGUAAUUCGGAAGCUAGCUCAGUCGAAAGUUUAGACAUAAACGAGGACGAAAAUGAGGACCGUAUCGAACCACUGCCAAAUAUUACUAGGACAAGUUCGACGUCUUCCCUUCCCUGCGCGAACAUGGAGGAGUCGUGGUUCCUUACGCCGCCCCCUUGUUUCACGUCGGCGGGACCAGUCAUGUUGGAGACGUCACCGCUGGAAAACCUGCUCAUCGAGCAUCCCAGCAUGAGCGUGUACGUUUCGCACCUGCCGAGGAGGCACGGCGGGGCGGCGGGCGCCUUCUACGGCGCCACUCUGCGCGCCGACUCGCCCGCCCCCGCCGCCGAUGAGGACUUUGAAGUCGAGGAAGUGGAAGAGGAGCAGGUGACGCUGGUGCACCGCAGACAGCCCAGGGUAAACAGGGAACAGGUCCUGCAGCAGCAGGAGAAACAGAAGAUUAAGAGCAAACAUGCUCAAAAGGUGCAAAUGCAAAAAGCUUGCCAGGCUAUAAAACGUGGGCAUUUGGACCGCAACAAUAAGGCUCGUGAAGUAAACAGUCGCAACCGUCGACAGAGGCGCGGCGAACGAUCACAGGGUGCUAAUCGUUCCCAUGCCAACAAUAACCGCAAGUGCUGAGCACAAAAAACUCCGAUCUCAUUUCGCAACUUUUAAACGUCCAAAAACGCGUCCAUAUUUCAAUCUUCAUUCUGGACUUCUUUUUGAUCUGUAGGUGUAUAUUUAUCUAUGGAAUUAUUAAUUCUUGACAAGGGAAUAUUAAUUAAAAAUCCCUUUAUAUAGUUGUGUUUAUUUAUAAGUCUUGAAUGAAAAUAGGGGGUUAAAUCUCAAAGUAUAAAGCACGCGUGAUCAAAAAUAUAUAAAAUUAUACCAAAGCACCGUGUUGUGUUCAUUAAAGUUUUGAGAAUUUUGUGUCAUGUUAAAUAUGUACGCGUUGAACCAUUAAAUGUUGCGAAAAGUAAACUUUAUUAUUUAAGUCUUUCAUAUGUUUUUUAUUUAUAAAUAUGUCACAUUACUUGCUUAAGAAUAUGUAAAACAAAAUAUUUCGUUGAUACUGGGCAUUAAUUUUAAAGUGGCCAGUUUCCUGUACAUUUGUGUAAUGUGAUCCAUUCUUGUACAUAGAGAGAAAAGUAUAUUUUUAUUAUAAUUAUUUUAGUGAGAAACUAUAUUUUAAAGUAAAUUAUUUUUGUUGAUUAUCUAUUUUUUUCGAACAGUUAGGUUUAGUCAGACGUUGUUGCACUAUUUAUUGAGUUUAUGAAUAUUAGUUGUAAUUGUAAUGUAUUUGUAGCAGUAGCGUGUAUGAUUCAAUGUAUGUUGGGUUCAUGAACUCAAUAAAAAAUAAAAACACAAAUAUUAUUGACAAUAUAUUAUGACAUUCUGCAGUUUAGUUUGCAGGUUAAUAUAUUCUUAACAAUAACAAUUAUCUAGCAAACACAUGAAGCAAUUUUAACAGAGGACAUUAAUCGAAGUUUCCCCUGUUGGGAUUGCUUGUGUAUUUUACAAGAUUAGGAAAAUAUAAAAAAUGCUGUCUUACUACAGUCGACAGGCGCUAAAAACAAACAAUUUAAUAAAUAAAUACUUAAUAUUCUAAAAUACUCACAAGAUUUACUCAAACCAUUCAGCUAACAAAAAUACAUAUUUUAUAUACCUAACUAAUAUUGUAAAAUAGGACAACUUUUUAGGGAUAUUGUUGAGUAAAUAAUGUGAUUUUAUUUUCUUUUGAUGUUCAUUGUAUGUUUAUCGAUUUUUUCAAUAUAACCGUGUCACUGUAGUUUACAAGCAAAACUGUCACUGAAACAGUACAAAAAUAAAUAAAUAAUUAAUUCAUAACUCAUGUUCACAGCCGAUCCAACCGCCUCCAUGUACCAUUUAAUCUUAAUUGUUUUUUGAAUGUUGUAGCAAAAAAAGUGAAAAAAAUAUAUAAAUUCAAUCACUUGAGCUUGAUUAUAAAAAUGUAAAAAACAGUUAAAAAACCGAAGAUAUGUAUUAACGCAAAGAUUUAUAAUGCACAUAGCUAUUUUUAAAGUAUUAAAAAUAUAAUAACAAUAUUAUUCAUUUCGCGGAUAAGUUUUAUUAUUCUCAUAGAAUAUGCAGUCAAUUGGUUGAAUGAUUGAAAGCAUGAACUAACGUAUUGGUAUGUAAUGUAUAUUUGCUUGAUAGGUUCUGAGCUUAUAGCUCUUGUAAGUUAAGGGUAUGUAAUAUUAUUAUGUAUGAUGCACGACUAGAUGGUAGUUUAUUAAUAAUGUAUGCAUAGUGUGUUUUAUUUAAAAAAAAAUGUCAAAUGAGUGUGUAAGGUUUCAAAAAACUGCGUAAUUUUAUUACAAGUGUGUAAAAAUUAAAUCAGUGAGACGUGAUGAUAAAUUAAAAUGUUAUAAAAAGUUGAAAACAAUAAAAAUUAAUUAUGUUA